UGCGUAAGUAAUUUUUGUCGAUGUUUGGCGCUGUGGUCGGGCAACACAACUAUGGCGGCAGAUGUGAUGCAGAAGAGCUCAAACAAAUUACAUAAGCUGAAGACAACCAAGGCUCAUCAUCACCAUGAUGAUGAAACUCCACUAGCUGGUGAAAAUGUGAAGCAGGCUAGGCAGCAAACUAAGUCAAAACUUGAUGAACUACUCAAGGCUGCUAUAAAUACAGAGGAACCAAGACUAAAACCAAAGAAGAAAAAGAAUGGAAACCACUCCAUGAUCGAUUCUCUAAAGCGUGACAUAGAAAAAAACUCUGAAGAUGGGUCGCUACUCGCAAAUAUGUAUGAUCCGGAUGGCAGCACCAAAGACAGUGGAUAUACCAAACAAAGACACCACAAGAUUAUUGGUGAAGACAACCUUGCAUAUGAGGAUGAAACAAUCACCACGCUGCCAAGAAAGCAGAAGAAGAAGAAGAAGAAAAAUGAAUCUCGAAGGCAACCAUCUUGCCAUGACCGCGAAAUGUCUAUAUCAGAGUUGCAAAGAGAUAGCAGUGCAGUACAUGGAGGGGAAGCAGAAGAAAUCUCACGAACACCAAAAAAGAAAAAGAAAACCCAGAGAACAUCAGUAGCAGAUGACAUAUCACAUCAAAGAACUGUGACACCGCCAGUACCUAAACCCAGGUCUUCAUUGCCGUCCACACCGAUCAAGGCCAAGCCGGUUCACGCAGAACCAUUGCCUCCGUCCAGAAAGAAGAAGAAGAAGAAACCCGAUGAACUGCCAGAAGAAGAAGAAAUCGAACUCAAGGACCUGUCGAAGAGAAAAUCUUCGAUACGAAAGAACUUGGAAGAGACUGAAAUUGUAACUGCUCAAGGGGAACAGGAAGAGGCUCUACCAGAUGAAGAAGCAACCACUGCUAAAGUUAAAAAGAAGAAAAAGAAGGAAGUGCGGCUUGUCGAGCCUGGGGAAGAAACGGCUGCUGCGGCUGCUGCCAGCAGUGCUGCUGCAGAGGACACGAGCCCACAGAUAGCAGACGAUGGCCGGGUGCUGAGUGUAACCAUUCACAAAACAGAUAGACUUCAGACAGACUUUCUUGUCUCCCAUCCUCUUGUCAAAGUGCAUGUGAUAGAUGGAGCUACUGGACAGUAUAUGAAGAAGUUCAAUAAGGAAAGGUCUGUCACUUCAUAUUAUGAGAUGCAGAAUCGAACUGUAGACCACAUUCUGCCAAUUGCGACACAGCCUUUUGACUUCAAAAUACGAAAGUCCAUGACCCCUGUCUGGGAGGAAAUGGUUGUUUUCAACGAGAAUGCAAACUACUUCAUCGACAAAUCUUCCCAGGCACUGUUGUUUUUUGAGAUACUAGAUCUCAACAGCAUGAGCACGGCAGCGCUGAAGUUUGCUACCAGGGGGCAGCAGAGUGGCUGGCACCAUGUCGCCUGGGCGUUCCUGAAGCUAGUCGGUGCGAACGGUCAACCGAAUGUCGGCAGGAGAGUGCGCCUGCAACUCUACCUGCCACCAGCGAAAUACAUCACCACCCCUGGCACUAUCGACGUGUACCAAUGGUGGCUAACGCAGCCACGACGCAAGUACCCCUCGACGCUCUAUGUGACGGCCGAUUGCAUCAGGCUGCCGGCUAGCGUCGAGCCAGGCACGCGGUCGAUGGUCGCUACACAGGAGGAGCAGGGGAGGCUGACGUACGAGGAGCUGCGGGCCACCGCGCAGAUGAAGCUCAAGGGCCUCACAGCGGAGCGCAAGCCGAGCGACGAUGCGCCGUCGGCGUGGAGCAGGCUGGCGGGCCAGCCAUGCCGCGUUCCCAACAAGCAGCUGCUCGUGCUGCCCGCCGGCGCUGCGGGAUGCUUCGUUCUCACGUUCUCGUGCGACGGCAAGCGGCUGGCGUGCGCGUGCCAGGACGGCGACGCCUACCCGGUGAUCGUCUACGAGAUUCCGGCGGGCGCGGUGGUCGCGCGGCUGCGCGGGCACGCGGGCGUCGUCUACGACCUGUGCUGGUCGCGUGACGAUGCGCGCCUGCUGUCCGCAUCAUCCGAUAGCACAGUGAGGUUAUGGGACACUAUUGAGUUCAGUGCCAAGAUGAACAAGGUGUUGCCGCACCCAUCGUUCGUUUAUGCUUCAAAGUUUCACCCUCGUGUGGCUAGCGUGGUGGUCACUGCUGGCUAUGACCAUGUACUGCGUGUGUGGACCGCUCUAGCCACAGCUGAGGGCCAGCCAAAUCUUGAGCAGGAACUGGAAGGUCAUAGGACACACGUGAAUGCGCUCUGCUUCAACAGAGAUGGCGACAAGCUGUACUCGGCCGACAGCAAUGGAGUCGUCUGCGUCUGGGACGUCUACGUCACCGAGCGAAAGUCAAAGAAAGGCGUGCUGAGGGAGUGGACCUUGCUGAAGGAGGUGCGGGAGGCAGAGCUGCAGGGCGUGUCGGUGAGUCAUCUGGAGAUGCACCCCUCAGGACACAGACUGCUGCUGCACUGCAGGGACAAUGCCCUGCGCAUGCUCGACCUGCGCAUAUUCUCGAUCACGCAGAAGUAUCACGGCUCGCUGAACUUCCGCGAGAGGCUGAGGAGUUGCAUCACUCCAUGCGGCACGUUUGUGAUGAGCGGCAGCGAGGACGGCAUGGCCUAUGUAUGGAACACUGACACGGGUGACCAUGUGGCAGUGUAUUCCGAGCUGCCGUACAAGCACACUGUAGCUGACGUGCGUUAUCAUCCGCAUGAUCACAUUGUUGCCUUCUGCUCCUUCAAACAGGGCCACCCUAUUCUUGUCUACAAGUAUGACCACAAAGUCGCACAGGUGGGCAUGAUGUUCCAUCGAGUUAAUGGCACACCGCGACCCAGUACUCCCGCCAAAGAGGCUCCGGAUGCUGCGAAAAUGAUGAGGGAGGAAGCGUCGCCGAAGCCAGGCUCGACCGUGGUGCGCAUGGACCGCGUGCUGAAGAAACUGCGAUCUGUCUCUGCCUUCCAGCAUAACAUCGACCUCACCGACUCGUUCAACGCAUCGCUCAGCGGCACCAUGCUUCAGUCCCUUCUGCCAGACACGACGGCCGCCACGCAGCGCCAGCAGCAGUCCACCUUCUGGGGAUCGACGUUUGACCAGUCGCAGUACCUCUCGGCACUCUCCACACACAGUCCAUCUGCGCUUUCACCGCAUGCGAGGAUGACGGAUGACACGGCAGCCCAGCAUCAGCUGUUCGCAUCUCAGCGGCUCUACGCAAGGCAGGACAUCGGUGGCGGCGGCAGCCAGCGACCACAGUUCAGCAAAGUUGGUCAACCUGGCCCGCCAAGAAUCUCAGGAAUAGAGAUGGUAAAGCAAUCUGGCAGUUACCCACAGGUCGUUGCGCUGUACGACUACAAAGCUCAGCGAUCAGAUGAGUUGGACCUAGCGUGUGGUGACAUCGUCACCGUGCUCUACAGGGAUACUGAGAACUGGUGGAUGGGAGAGACGGUGGACGGACAGCAGGGAUUCUUCCCAGCAAACUAUGUCGCAGAGCAGUCGGAUGCAGAUCCUAAGGAAGAGAGGAGCGACACGCCGAUAAAAAAGACACGUGCGCUGGUGGAGAAAGGUGAACUGAAGUUCGUGUCAGCGUCUGAGCUAGAACAUGAGGAGGAGCAGACAUCAACCCCUGUGCCAUCUGCGAGGAAAAAGAAGAAAGGCAAGAAGACUACUAGUGAUGCAUGAGCUAGCAACCAGCGCUGUUUAUGAUGACACAAUGAAGUGUGUUCGAUGCACGGUUUCCACGUACAUUAAAUGUACAAUUUGCUUUUGAUUGUCUUCAAUACUUGAGGGCAUUCAGGGCCAAAGUUCAAAGACAUGUGUCUAGUCCAUAGGUUUGAAGUAUUCUACACUUCAAUCUCAUCUGUGUUGUUGUGAAGGUUUUGGGUUUGCAGUGAAAAUCCUAAAAUGAUUGAAGUAAAACAAAAUCAUAUAUUUUAGUAUAUAUACUUAGGUAUGCUAGAAUUGGUUCAUUUAUGUUCAUUGCCAAACUUGAACAAGUAAAUUAACAAGUUCAGGGGAGCAAUUGCAUACUUUUUGUUGCCUUUCCAAGUCUGUAGCUUUAGAUUUAUAGAGUAUUACCUCGUUCUAAUAUACGAGAGAAAUGUAGGGUAAUAUAAUGAACCUAUUUGUAUACGUAGGCUACUGGUAAUAUAGUAGUGAUUAAUAAAUAUUCCGUCCCUAGAUGGCGCUCUGACAUCGCUAGUGCCUCUAUAACGAUUAACUGGAGAGUGGAUAGGCGCUGACUUGCAACGCACAAUUCAGGUGUAGCUGUGAAAAUAGACCACGUUUCAUAGGCGGUUUCUUAUAUUUUGAGGUAAUAUUUGGGUGGGAUUUCAUAUCAUUGUGUAUACCAGGGAAGAGUGGAUGGCGUUGCAUAAGGAGUCCAAGGUCUUGAAAUGCAAAUAUGCACUUCCCAAUAUAAACGCGUGCUCCCCCCCCCCAGUAUUUUAUACUUUACUACUGAUUUUGUACGUCACAUCAUUUAUUAGAAGAAUGGAAUAUUCUUAUUUCUGUCUUUUAUAGCUGUAUAUACCUUUAUUUAUUGAUGGAUUUUAUACUCGUAAGCAUUACUUGCUUACUUAAACAUUCAAAUGAAUUUUCUCUUGGUAAUAAUAGUGAAUUUUGUUAGAAAUAUUUGUGCUUUGAAAUCUCUAUUCAAUGCAAAUACCAGCGAAAUCAUUUAUUAAUAAAUUACAUGUGCAUUUAAACACACAUGGAUAAUCCACA